CCCAUAAGAAUUUCUGGUGAGAAACAGCUUUCUUCUCCUGCGUGGAACGGUUACUGCUCAGAACCGACAACAUAUAUACAUUUCCCAGUACUGGUCAUCUAGUAUUUCAACUUUUUCAGCGUCUCAUCAAAUAUUCAAAAUGUCCUCUCUACCAGAUCCUCGUCGAAUCGUGACGGGCCAUGACAAGGACGGCCGGGCCAUCUUCGAAUCCGAUAAGCUUCUGACACCUUACAAUUUCCUUGACGACAACACGCCCAAGGGCAAAGGACAGCUCGAAUUUGCCACAAUCUGGCGAAGCGAUACUAUCCCCGCUGAUAACCAAGCAGCCUGGGAAGAGCUCAAUGACAAACGCAUCCCGCUCAGCACUUCCACUGGGGCUACCGCACGUUACGUCGAUUUUCCUCCUGGGCCGAGCGUGAUGCAUCGGACUGUCUCGCUCGAUUUUGGCAUCGUGAUAAAGGGGGAAAUUGUCCUCGAGCUCGAUGAUGGAGCCGAGAAGCUGGUCAAAGAGGGGGACGUCGUUGUACAGAGGGGUACAAUUCACGCUUGGCAUAAUCGAUCAGACAAAAACACCAGAAUGCUCUUUGUUUUGUUGCCGGCUAAGCCGAUCACUGUUGGAGCAGACAAGGAAGAGUUCGGAGCUACUGUCAUUCCCGGCAAUGUUCGAGCUAUACUAGAGAAGUUGAAGACUCAAGCAACAUUCCUCGAUCCAUACUUCUUGGCCAUCUUCCAGGUUUCGCGCCUUGGACAAGUAUACAGAGUUUCUCUUCCGUCGUCAUUUCUUCAGGCGACUCACCGUCGACUAAAAAGGAGAGUUACAUUACCAUCUAUGGGCCGGUCGUCGAUCUCGUUCAACUCAAUUUCAUCUGUUACGACACUUCCACAUCGUCUCUCUGGGACAGAGGUGGAUUGUGACCUCAAGGAAUCCGCUCUAUCGCCGAAUACCUCAUUCGCCUCAUACACGACAUACUCUUUGGAUGUUCCCUUGAUCCGUCUUUUCUAUGACGGCGCCCGCCAUCCGCUGAGGAAAGAGGCGCGAGCUGUUCUAUUGGGACAAAACGUUGCAUCCCAAGGCGGAAGACCGGAAGAGAUGUUUGCAUUCGACGCGACCGACAAGCACUUUGCGACCAAGGGACAAGAGGCUAACGAUGGCCUCCCGGCGGAUCGAUCUCAUAACCACACCGAUAGAGUCGCAUCCGACGACUUUGAGGUUAGGGACAGACGGCCAUCCCAGGAUGACACUUGGAUCACCCCAGGUUUUGCGGGUGAAAGCCCGGUAGACGUGCGACCCAUAACGCAAGAUAACCCUCAGCGCCGAGCUGACCAAGAGACUGCACUUCACUCCAAACCUAGCACCGUAAAGCCUAGGGAGAAUACUUCAGAAGCUGGCCGACCUAGCACCGAUACUGCUCAAAAUGGGGCGAAGCUUCGUAGUCAUCUUGACGGCCGCGGACGCCAGAAUGCUGGAAUUCCUCCCGUUCCCGGAGACAAAGCUGCCAAAAGAAAGAAGAAGAAGGAGAUGAAAAAAGCCGCGCCCGCGCUUCAAACCAUUCGAGGAUUCACUCCUGCGCCCUCGGGAGACGAGGAUUCGGAUCAUUCCACAGCAACGAACUACUCCAGCCACCCUCUCAAGAUGAAAGACUGGGCAAGCCCCUUUAGUAGUCCAACAUCGCGGCCACUUUCAUCUUGCUCACACGGAGGGAUCAGCGCAUUGAAGCUGAAGGUCGACAAUUUGAGCCUCGAUGCCACUUCAGAAAAGGGUGGCCCGUCCAAGGAUCAAAUGGAGCCUGAGGCGGGAGAUAGUGGGGAUAGCGUGUCAUCUGAAGCGCGCAGUGAUGUCGAUGCUGGAGAAAUGACAACUUAUACAGUGCCGUUGGAACACGACUUUGUUAGCCCGGAUGCAGUUCAGAAGCCGGUCGACGGACGACCAGAAGCCCCUCUGGCGGAGCAUCCUCUGGUGCGCAAAAUGGCGGCGUCAGACUUUGAGCCGCUCAACUGCCUUGGCAAAGGCACCUUUGGAACUGUACUCCUUGUGAAGCAGAAAGCCACCGGCAGGCUAUACGCGCAGAAGCAAUUCCGUAAAGCUUCACUGACUGUCCAUAAACGACUGGUAGAGCAGACCAAGACUGAGCGAGUCAUCCUCGAGAGCGUCAACCGGCACCCUUUUGUGGUUAAACUAUACUACGCGUUUCAGGACCAUGAGAAGUUGUACUUGAUCCUUGAGUAUGCCCAAGGUGGAGAACUCUUUACUCACCUUGCCAUGGAGCGCAUGUUUUCGGAGGAUGUCGCAGCCUUUUACAUGGCCGAGAUGGUUCUUGCGCUCGAGCAUCUACAUCAGAAUGUUGGCGUCGUCUAUCGAGACCUCAAGCCGGAAAACUGCCUGCUCGACUCUGAAGGCCACCUGCUCCUAACCGACUUUGGCCUUAGCAAAGUUGCAGUCGAUGGGGACCACUGCAAGUCAGUCCUCGGUACCAUAGAAUACAUGGCACCUGAGGUUGUCCAAGGCAACAAUUACAAUCACGCAGUCGACUGGUGGUCACUUGGAGCUCUUGGUUUCGAUCUCUUGACCGGUUCCCCUCCCUUCCAAGGAAACAACCAUGCCAAGAUUCAGGAGCGCAUCCUAAAGCAAAAGCUCUCACUUCCCUAUUUUCUCAGCCCCGAUGCAAAAGACUUGUUAACUAGAUUGCUUCGGAAAGAGCCCAACCGUCGCCUGGGUGCAAAUAUGCCCAAAGACCUGCAGAUAAUCAGGAAGCAUCGAUUCUUUAGGAAAAUUGAUUGGAAGAAGCUGGAACGUCGGGAGCUCGAGCCGCCGAUUAAGCCCCUCAUCACCGACCCUGCUCUCGCGGAAAAUUUUUCCAAAGAUUUUACUGACCUGGCGCUGAGCCCUGUUGUACAGUGCGGCAUGGACAUGGCAGCGGCAGCAAAUGCAAACAGACCUAAGCUCGACGCUGAUCCAUUUGGUGGAUUCAGCUUUGUUGCUAGCCACUCUUUGCUCGCUCAUGAUCAUGAAGACGGGUUCCAUUUCGAGACCUAAUCUUUAUUAUCGACUCUCAAAACCUUGCAUACAUAAAAUUCUAGUUGGCGUCUUGGGAGUUUUGUCUUUGCUCAUUAAUCUAAUGCUUUUUUUUUUCCGAGGUUGAAAGUUUACAUGCAUAUCAUAAUUCGCUUGGCAUCAACAUCAAUCCUACUUUUAUUGCUUUGCUCUUACGCUUCUAAAUAUUCUGCUCCGCUGGGCGUAAUGUUUUACUUUGCUCUGCUACUCUUGAUGACUUUGCAAUCAUUAUUAUAUGUGCUUCUGCUUUUCUUUUACCAUAUCCAGAAGACUAGAAUAAGAUGUAGGUAUUGUCUUGUGGCUCACAGAUCUUAGAAGUUCCGACACGAGCGUACACCAAUAUGGCCGUUAUAAUCAUAUUUGUAUUAAACCAUUGAGAAUAUACGAUUAUCAUUAAGCUAAAUUCUUUGAGCUCAUAAUGCUCCGCAUAUAUAGAAAUAAUAAGAUACGUCAGUCUGAUC